GCCUGGAGGGGAGAGGUGUAUGGUCUCAGUGCAGCCCUCGUCACCGUGGAUACAGGAGGGAGGAGAGCCGGAGGAGUCUUAAAAGAACGCAACACCACAGGACAGACUACUUCUCUCCAUCCCCCCCGCACUCUGGAAUUCUUCUAUUGGGUUCCUUUUUAGAUUUAUUUUUUGAAUCACCUUUCUCCACUAUGAACACACCAAUGACAACGGCUGCCGUGGCGUUGGCCACCUGCCACACCAACGCCACGAUAUGCUCGGGCACGUCAUGCCUGGUGGCUCCCAGCAACUACAACGAGAACCUAAGCCUAGUUCUCAGCAUCGUGCUGACCGUCAUGCUGGCCAUGGUUAUGUUCUCCAUGGGCUGCACCGUGGAGGCCGGAAAGCUGUGGGGACACAUCAAGAGGCCAUGGGGAAUUUUUAUUGGCUUCUUGUGCCAGUUCGGCAUCAUGCCCUUCACCGCCUUCGCCCUGUCGCUGGCCUUCAACGUGCUGCCCGUGCAGGCCGUCGUCAUCAUCAUCAUGGGCUGCUGUCCCGGUGGCUCCAGCUCUAAUAUCAUUGCCUACUGGCUGGAUGGAGACAUGGACCUCAGUAUCAGCAUGACAGCCUGCUCCUCUAUCCUAGCCCUGGGGAUGAUGCCUCUGUGUCUGCUCAUCUACACGUCUGUCUGGACCUCCGCUGACACCAUCCAGAUCCCCUACCAAAGCAUAGGUAUCACUUUGGUGUCCCUCCUCAUCCCCGUCGCCCUGGGAAUCUACGUCAAAAACAAGUGGCCCGAAAUAGCCAAAAAGAUCCUCAAGGUGGGUUCCAUAGUUGGCCUCCUCCUCAUCAUCAUAAUUGCGGUGGUUGGUGGGGUGCUGUACCAGUCCUCCUGGACCAUCUCUCCCUCUCUCUGGAUCAUCGGAGCCAUCUACCCCUUCGUAGGCUUCACCCUGGGCUUCUUCAUGGCCCGCUUUGUCGGACAACCCUGGCACAAGUGUCGUACCAUCGCCCUGGAGACAGGCUUCCAGAACUCCCAGUUGUGCAGCACCAUCGUCCAGCUGUCGUUCUCCCCUGAAGAACUGGAGGUCAUGUUCGCCUUCCCGCUCAUCUACAGCAUCUUCCAACUGGUGGUGGCUGUCAUGUCUGUUGGAGCUUACCGGAUGUAUAAGAGGAAGUGUGGAGCGGGUUCAUCUGAGUUAGACAGCGAGGGAGCAGGGGGGGAUGCUGAGGCACCUAAGGAAAAGCAGGAGUAUGCCCUGGAAAAUGGAGGCUUCGAGUGCGACGAGAAUGGCAACAAUGGAGAAAAGGGCAAGAUCACCCAGAUGUGAGCACGGACAGGCCGCGGGACUCUGACAGCAGCACCCAGCGACCUGGGUGCAAUACAGUACCUACAUCCUUCCCACUCAAUCACACCAUGCACAGGGUUGCAGUGUGGUAGUGACUGAGGCGAGGUAUUGUGAGAUUUGUUGAGUGGUGAGAGACACAGAGGAAACUGUUUCACCAUGAAAAGGUUUCUGUCUAGUCACUCCUGUCAGAACUACAAUAACUUUUUCAAUAUUUAUAUUUGCAAACCAGUCAACCUAAACUAAUUUAUUAGUCCAUGUCGUAGGACUCAUGACACACACACACCAGCAUUAAAACAUUAUAUUGAGUUUUAAAUGGACCCCUCCAGGAUAUUUUACACAUGGCUCAUAUUUUAUCAUUUGUAUGUUAAAGCAACAACAAAAAUACAUUACAAGUCUUCCUGACUAAUACAAGUGUUGUGCUGAACAUUAAUUUAGUUUUAAAUUAUUAGACACUACAUUUGAACCAUAUUUAUGAAUGUACUGUCUUUGUAUCCAUUAGUUUUUUUUUUACAUUUACAUAGAUGAAUAGACUAAAUACAGACUAUACCAAACAUGAAGAACCCCUUCCUAAUAUUGAGUUGCACCCCCUUUUGUCUUCAGAACAGCUUCAAUUUGUCGUAGCAGGGACUACAAGGUGUAGAUGCUGGUCCAUGUUGACUCCAAUGCUUCCCACAGUGGUCAUGUGUGCUGGAUGUCCUUUGGGUGGUACACACAUUCUUGAUACACACGGGAAACUGUUGUGUGAAAAACCCAGCAGCAGUGCAGUUCUUGACACAACCCGGUGCACCAGGCACCUACUAACAUAUCGGGUUCAAAGGCACUUAAUUCUUUUGUCUUGCCCAUUCACGUUCUGAAUGGCACACAUACAAAAUCAAUUGUCUCAAGGUUAAAAAAAAAAAAAUCCUUCUUUAACCUGUCUCCUCCCCUUCAUCUACACUGAUUGAAGCGGAUUUUAACAAGGGACAUCAAUAAGGGAUCAUAGCUUUUACCUGGUUAGUCUAUGUCAUGGCAAGAGUGGGUGUUCAUAAUGGUAGGUAUACUCAGUGUAUAUAUCUGUGACGAACUCUCCACAUUGAACUGCACCUUAGUUGUUCUCUUUGUCUUGUACGCAGAGGCUAGUUGCUAGUGUGUUGUCUUAAAGAAGGUACCUACCCACCUGAUCUUUUCAUGUGUAAAUGUACCCGGAAAUGAAAUAAAGGUGAACAUUUUAA